GCCGACGGGCGCGCAAUUUAAAAAGGCUCGUUUAUAUUUGAUCCAUCCUCGUACAAUAUAUAAAAAUAUCUGAUGAACUUAAAACUACGGAUUGAAAUUUGAGAUUGAAUUGAAAAUUAACGAAUCAAUGCGAAGUUCACUAAAUUUCAGUAAAAUCUUAAGUUUAGUUAACUUUGCACUGAUUGGCCAAAUUCAAUUCAAUUUCAAUUCCCAAUCCGUAGUUCCAUACUUUGGGCUUCUCCCUAAUGUAUCAAAACACGAAUCCGCCGAGGCUGAUCACGUAACUGUGACGUAGUUGACACAUGCGUACGGGAAUUUUCCACGACCCCUACCGCUUACACCUUCGAAUUUAUAUUGGAGCUUUACCGCUUCUAUUUGUUGGUAGGUUUCAAUUGCCUUGGUUUGCGGACAGUGUCAAGCACAAAUUAAAAUAAGCAAAUUGUCACUUGAAAUAAGCAAAAAUGUCAAGACAAGAUAAUCCUUCGCAUUCGGGAUCGAGUCAACAGUCUAUUGGACAAGACAAUAAUUCACAGCAAGAUGCAUUACAACAGCAACAGGCGUAUUAUCAACAAUUAUUACAUUCUCCCUAUUCUCCUUCGUAUACAAUGGAACCAAUGUAUUUUACCUAUGGUUCGUACCCAUCAACAAUGCAGCAACAGCAACCAGCAUUUCAGUCACCAGAGUUGAAUCCUUCAUACGCAGCUCAAACAAGUCAACCAUGGCCAACCGUGGGAUCCUCUGAACAAUCAGAAUAUUCUCAGAAUGUGCAACAAAGGCCAGCUGGUGGUAUACAACAGCAGGUAUAUCAACAACAAACUGAAAAUUUGCAGCAAAAUAUGCAACAGGAAUUUCAGCCACGAGGAGGACGAGGAGGACGAGGAGGACGAGGAGGACGAGGAGGUCGUGGUCGUUCACGUGGAUUUCAAAUAGUUCAGCAACAAUUUUACCAACCAUUAGUGUAUCCUCAAACUGUGCAACAAUAUCUAGCUGGCAUGCGGUAUCAAACGUAUCAACAAAAUGUGUGGCAGCGGCCACAACAAGAAUUUCAGCCACGAAUACAGAGUUAUUUACGUAGAGUUCAAGCUACUCAACAACAAUCGGGGUCCUAUGAAUCCCAAUUAACGUGCACUCCAAGUACGCAAGGAUAUCAAGUUGAAACGCAACAUCAGUCGUAUCAAGAACAACAGACACAUCAGAUACGCUUCAGUCCUCAAGAGAGUCAACCACGAUUGGAAUCCUGCGAGCAAUUAGAAAAUCCUCAAAGUCCACAGCAACAUCUAGCUGUGACGCAACAGCAUCAACAAGUGCAAAGUUCCACGGACCCAGAACAACAUUCAUCACGUUAUACAUUUGGUGAAAGUGCUUCCUCUCAACAGCAGGGAGCUCCAGGUAGUAGUAAUGACCAGAAAAUGCAGGUCGAAGGAAGCCAGCAAGAUGAUAGUAUUGGUGCGGCGGCUGAGACAGAUGACGCACAACAAGAAACGUCCUUAUUAACAUCGUCUUCAAUGACUGCAUUAUCUGAAGACCAGUCACAACCUGGUCCGUCCGAAACUCAAAAUAUGACGGAGAAAAAGCUUGCAAUACCAUGGCGAAAGCAAAGUGGAACUAAAGGGUACGAAAUCCGAGUUGUUACAAAUAUCUUUGAUAUUAUAUUUAAUAAGAAUUUUAAGACCACAGCUACUCAAUAUGAGGUGAAACUUGAGGCUGUGGCGUCCUCGCCAGAUAAGUCGAAAGAGAAGCGUGAAAUUAAAUCGAAAGCUUUACGGAGGGAGAUUUUCGAAAAUUAUAGAAAGCAAAAUUUUCCGACGAGAUAUCCGGCGUACGACGGAAAGGAGUUGGUGUACGCAUCGAGCGAUAUCUUUAAAGAAGAAUCGCAUUCCGAUACUGUUGUAAUCAAUCAUCCGUUUUGGGGAGAUCAAGAGUUCAAGAUUAAUUUUACCAGAAAGACUCCGGUUGACCUUACGUGGUUAAGAGAUUUAACGCCGCGUUUUAAUGAAUCACGGAUGAAUCAAACCGCUACACAAAUUUUAGACAUUAUCUUGCGCCAUGAACCAGCGUCAAGACUUAUGAGCUUCAUAUUCUUUUGUUUAGUCUGUCAUAAAACUUUUGCAAAGCCUCAAAAUGUUAUCGACUUAUUCAAAGAACUAUGCAAAAGUAGGGGUCAAAAUACCGCUUACCAAGGACGUACAGCAUCAUUGGCAUCACUUGUGGCGAAUAAUAAAGAGAAAAUUAACAGGUAUAUUACUGGGUUGAUGGUGGAUUAUUUUAUACCCAAUCAACCGAGUUCGAAGCGGAGGCAUCGUGUGAUUCAGUUAGGGCCAACCGCCGAGAAAUAUCAAUUUAAACCUAAGAAUGAACAGAAACAAUGCACAAUUGUGGAGUACUUCAAACGUUGCAAGAAUUAUGGAUUGUGCCAGCCGAAUUUGCCUUGCCUUCAGGUGGGCAAGAAGGAAUCAAAGAUAUAUUUGCCUGCGGAAUUGUGCACAAUCGUGGCUAAUCAGCCGAUGAAUAAACAUAUAGACAAGGACCGGAACAGUGAUAUAAUCAGGCAAACAGCGACUUCUCCAGUAAUGCGUAAGCAAAAAAUUACAGACAUGUUUAACAUGAUUAACGUAAACAAUAGCCCUGUUUUAAUGAACGAGUUCAAUUUCCGAGUGGAUAACAAAAUGAAAAUAGUCAACGCGAGGGUUUUAACUCCCCCUAAUCUUCAAUACAAGUCCGAAAAAGCAGUAACAGUGGUUAAGGGGACUUGGAAUGCCAAUGAAUGUCUAAAACAUCCUAUGGACUUAAACGGAAACUGGAAUAUCCUCUCUCUUUGCUCUAAAGGUUUUGGGAGAAACUUAUCAAGAGAGAGAAUAGAUGCUUUUAUCACUGCAUUAUGCGAUUCUGCUCGGCGCUAUGGUAUGAAAAUUGAUAGAAUAACUUCAGAUAUCCAUACACUAAAUACGAGCGAAACAGCAUUUAAAUGUGAAAUGAAUGACUACUUCAAAGCGAUGAAGACGAAAAAUGUAAGAUUGAUAAUAGUUAUCAUACCAAAUUCUCCGAACAUCUACGGUGAAGUGAAGAAAAGUAGUGAAUUAGUAAAUGGUGUAUUGACACAAUGUAUAAAAGUCAAUACGAUAGAUAACGUAAGAAAUAACUUAAAUAACAUUACUAUGAAUAUUGCUCUAAAAAUAAAUGCAAAAUUAAAUGGCGUUAACCAUGUCAUUGCUAGUACAUGCAUGCCGUAUUGUCUGCUUAACGCAGAAUGCAUGCUCGUUGGUGCCGAUGUGAGCCAUCCGCCUCCCGAUGCUCCUCCAAAUGUUUGCUCUGUAGUUGCGGUUGUCGCAAGUCAUGACAAUUCGUUCUUCAAAUAUAACGUCACGAUUAGGACACAAGACCCAAAACAAGAAAUUAUUUCCAAUCUGAAAGAUAUAAUGUUGAAACAUCUUAACUAUUAUAAAGAUAAAGUGGGCCGAGUGCCCAAAAGAAUUCUCUUUUAUCGGGACGGAGUUAGCGAAGGACAAAUAGAAAAAAUUUUGGCCAACGAAAUAUCAAAGAUUAAGGAGGCAUUUUACACAUUCGAGCUACAAAAUCCUAAGUAUAGAUUCAAACCCGAGCUCACUUACUUAAUCGUCCAGAAGAGACAUCAUGUGCGUUUCUUCGAGCAUCUUCCGGUAGUACCAGAAGUAACCAGAAGUAACCAGAAAUCUCAAAAUGUAAUGCCCGGCACGAUAGUCGACACGGAAAUAACUCAUCCGAAUCAUAUCGAUUUUUAUCUACUGUCACACAGAAGUCCACAGGGUACAGCAAGACCUACGAAGUACAAAUGUAUAUGUAACGAAAGCGAUUUCACGGAAGACCAAAUUGAGGAGUUAACGUAUCACUUGUGUCAUAUCUACGCAAAAUGCAAGAGUUCAAUAAGUUAUCCGGUCCCAACGUAUUAUGCUCAUAUAGCUGCUGAGCGUGGCAAAAUAUUGCUUCAAGUAUCAUAUGGCGACGUAAAUAAAAGAAAGAAUGAAGAUAUAUUUGCUGUCAAUCAAACAGCCUUGCAAGUAUAUACGUUGUAAUGAUUCUCCAAUUUAUUACCCUCACAACGCCGAACAUUGAGAGAGAGAGAGAGAGAGAAGGGCAUAUGCCGUUCCUUGUUUAUCAUACAAAUUAUAAUAAUUUCUAGCCAUUAAACUCGUUCAAAUACAAGUCGAAUGUAAGGAGAAUA